AUGCACGCCAGCUCCUUCAUUGCUCUCGCCCUCGGCGCCACCGCCGUCCCUGCGGCCGCUUUCCCCAAAGUCGAGGCCAGACAGAAGGCGUGCAAUCCGUUCUGCAACUUCCUUAACCUCCCCAAUAUCCUUGAUUGCCCGGCAAACGGCGGUCAUCGCCUCACCAAAGCAGUCAUUGCCAAUGCGCUUCUUACCGCUGAUAGGAGUGGACCACCGCGUGAGACUAGUGCCCCCAACCUUGCUACGUCGUACUGCAACGGAUCAAAUUUCCGUGGCAUUCCUCUCUGGACUACUGGUUUACCUAACGGAGUUGGUGGUGCUUACUAUGCUAUGGCACCUAACGGCACCUUCUGGCUUUGCAGCACGGCUUCGACAGCAUAUGGGUCACCCGUGCGCACUAGUUGCACUUUCAAAAACUAA